AUGCACUCGCGCGUCCAUGCCGGCGAGUAUGUGCUACUACGCCUGCCUUCAGAUACCUUGAAGCUGGUGCAAAUAGUCCCGAANCAGGUGCGAACAUUGACCUCAAACAACACCAUUUUUACUAACCUUUCGUUUUGCAGUCUUGUUUCUAUUGGCAAAUUCGGAUCCUUCCCAUGCAACCUUCUUAUUGGACGACCCUACUACCUCACAUACGAGAUCACCGACAAGCAGUCCGAAACCGACACCUCCCGCCUGCGAGUCGUACCAGCCUCGGAGCUGAACGCGGAGGUCCUCGCCGAAGAUGCCCUUCCCUCAGAAAACCCCACCGAGAAAGCCGAUGAAUCUUUCGAUAUUGUCGCCGACGACGGCUCUGUCUUGCUGAAAAACAACCGUCUGACAGUCGACGAUGCUUCUCGCCAAGCUCUCAGCAUGGACGAGAUUGAGGAAUUGAAGAAAGCUGGAACUGGUUCUGGAAGAGACAUUAUCGAGAAGAUUCUCAAGUCGCAUACCCACCUGAGCGAAAAGACGUCCUUCGCCCUGGCCAAGUACACUCUGAGGAAACACAAGAAGUACUUGCGCAGAUUUACUGUCUUGCCCAUGAACGUCUCCAUGUUGACCGAGUACAUGAUCGCUGAAAAGGAGUCAUCAAGAGUUAUGGAGCUUAGAGAAGAGUCUCUGGGUCUUGUCGGCAGCUGGGCAAACGUACAUUACCACCCCGACGCAGAACCGACUCUCACCGAAGAGGGCACACAACUUGGUGGUGGAAGAUGGCUGGUCGUUGACGAUACUGGUGGUCUGGUCGUGGCUUCUAUGGCCGAGAAGAUGGGUCUCUUGUACCACCCGGACAACCAAGAUGAAGAGUCUGACGACGACGAUGAGACUGCUCCCAAAGCUAGUGCACAACAAACAGCACUGGCUGAAGAAGACGCAGAUGUGGAAAUGCAGUACUCUUCCAAGGACGAGCCAACCAACGACGAACCAAAAGAAGGAGAAGAAGUACGGGGGAAUGGCAGAAAGCGCCCCAUGAACAAGCACAACACCAACCUCUCCUCGACAAACACCAUCACAGUACUCCAUGCCAAUGCUCAACCGAACGUCUCGCUCCUCAAAUACUUCUCCUACGACACAAACAAUCCAACCGCCACUCACCCUCUCCACACCCACCUCAAAACCCUCACCUGGCUCCAACUCAUCGACCCCUCCGCGGACCCUACCUACGACGAGCCAGAGACCGUUCCCCAAGCCGAACUCGACGUAAUGAAAUCCGGCAAACGCGGCGCAUACUACCGCAAACGUCGUCGCUGGGCCCGCUGCAAGGCCAUUGUCGAUGAGACCCGCGCCGGCGGCUUUGAUGGCCUGAUAAUCGCUUCCCACAUGUCUCCCGCCACGAUCCUAAAGUCAACAGUGCAUUUGCUGCGCGGCUCUGCACACAUUGCCAUCUACUCACCCACUGUGGAGCCACUGACCGAAAUCAUGGAUCUGUAUUCCAAAGACCGCAAAGCUGCUUACCUGGACCACAUCGCGAACGACACUUCUNNCCCCCCUGAAGAGGACUUCCCACUGGAUCCGCGAUUGGUUUUGGCGCCUACAUUGCAGACGACGAGAAUCAGACCUUGGCAGGUGUUGCCUGGGCGCACACAUCCGCUCAUGAUGUGGAGAGGUGGUGCCGAAGGCUAUCUAUUUACUGCAAGAAGAGUGUUGCCUGUGGAUGGCAAAGUGGAGGCCAGAGGCAAGUACAACAAGAAGAGGAAGAUUGGAUAG